GCCUGGUCUUCUGACUAGGCGGAAGAGGCCCUUCUCUGCCUCAGUUUUACCGAAUGGGCUGAGACCUGGGAAGGGCCUCGGCCUCCUACUGCGUGCCGCGUCUGGGGCCCUCUGCGGUCGGCCUGCUCUGUACCUUCUGGCCUCUGACCCCAGACGGCUCCAGAGGAGAGAGUGAGGCCGGUGACUGCGCAGCCCUGCCUCACUUAAGCCCGAUUCACUUGCCAGUCAGGACAUCUCCCACCUGAGGUCGCGGUCCUCUGAGAAGGAAGGACAGACAACAGCCAAACCCCCCACUGAGGAAAGGCCUUUGGAUUUAGGGAGAGAGCAGCUUCCGGUGACUGAACAAGCCAGAUGGCUGGGAGCUGGGAGCGCCUUGAUGGCAGGCAGACCUAUGAUUACAGAAACAUCAGAAUUUCGUUUGGAGCAGACUAUGGCUGCUGUGUUGUGGAGCUUGGGAAAACAAGAGUUCUUGGGCAAGUUUCCUGUGAACUUGUUUCUCCAAAGCUCAGUCGGGCGACAGAAGGUAUUCUUUUCUUUAACCUUGAACUCUCUCAGAUGGCUGCUCCAGCUUUUGAACCCGGCAGGCAAUCAGAUCUCUUGGUGAAGUUGAAUCGACUCUUGGAAAGAUGUCUAAGAAAUUCGAAGUGUAUAGACACCGAAUCUCUCUGUGUUGUUGCUGGCGAAAAGGUCUGGCAGAUCCGUGUGGAUCUCCAUCUGUUAAAUCAUGAUGGAAAUAUUAUUGACGCCGCCAGCAUAGCAGCGAUUGUGGCGUUGUGUCACUUCAGGAGACCCGAUGUGUCAGUCCAAGGUGAUGAGAUCACCCUGUACGCGCUGGAAGAACGAGACCCUGUACCUUUGAGCAUCCACCACAUGCCCAUCUGCAUCAGUUUUGCCUUCUUCCAGCAAGGAACUUACUUAUUGGUGGAUCCCAGUGAGCGAGAGGAACGUGUCAUGGAUGGCCUGCUUGUGAUCGCCAUGAACAAACACCGUGAGAUUUGUACCAUCCAGUCCAGCGGCGGGAUCAUGCUGCUCCAAGAUCAGGUUCUGAGAUGCAGCAAAAUCGCUGGUGUGAAGGUGGCGGAGAUUACAGAACUCAUACAGAAAGCCUUGGAGAAUGACAGGAGAGUGAGGAAAGAAGGUGGAAAGUUCGGCUUUGCAGAAUCAAUAGCAAACCAAAGGAUCACAGCUUUCAAAAUGGAAAAGGCCCCUGUGGAUACGUCAGAUGUGGAAGAGAAAGCAGAAGAAAUCAUAGCAGAAGCAGACCCUCCUUCAGAGGCUGUUUCUAAACCGGUGUUAUGGACUCCUGGGACCGCCCAGAUUGGAGAAGGGAUAGAGAGUUCCUGGGGCGAUCUGGAAGAGGAAGAGGAAGGGGAUGACGGUGGCAGCGAUGAAGUCACCAUUCUUGACAGUGUCAAGAUGGAAACAGAAGACCAGAAUGUUGGAAACCACAUGGGUGAUGAUACUCCUAUAGUUCUGUCAGACAGUGAAGAAGAUGAAAUCAUCAUUUUAGAACCAGGAGAAAAUCCAAAGAAAACAAGAGUACAGGCCAACUCUCAACAGGGGAAAGUCUCAAGUAAAAAAGCCAUUAGAAAGAAAAAGAAGCAGCCUGCUGACUAAAGCUUCCAAAACACUACUGGAGAGUACGUUCAGGAGUGUUGUGGAUUUUUACAUGUAUGUUUUCUUGAUUUAAAAUAAAGUAUCUAGAGAA